AUGGACAUCGGACAAGUGCUUGAGAAUGCCAUUCUCAGUCCUGACCCGGCAAUCAGAUCUGAGGCUGAGCGUCAGCUAGAAAAUGCUGCCACCCACAACUUUGUUGGUUACUUGGGGCUUUUGACACAGGCACUGGCCGACGCCAACCAGAAAACUGAGGUUCGGAUGCUGGCCGGAAUCGCCCUGAAGAACCAACUGGCUGCUAAGGACUCCACCAAAAAGCUAGAACAGGCCCAGCGCUGGAUUUCGCUGGAUUCACAGGCCAAGGCCCAGAUCAAGGAGACCGCAUUGCAGUCGUUGCUUUCACAGGAUGAUCGUGUGGCGAAUUCAGCGGCCCAACUGGUGGCUGCCAUUGCGGAUAUCGAAUUGCCGCGCUCAGAAUGGUCGGAGUUGAUGCACAUAAUUGUUGAAAACACAAAAGCUGGCCAGCCAGUAAACGUGAAAAGAGCCUCUCUGCUAACCAUUGGUUACAUCUGUGAGACUGCUGACCCCAACAACGCUGGUGUUGCUGCCCAAGCCAACGGGAUUCUCAUUGCAAUUGUUCAAGGCGCCCAGUCUUCUGAGCCUUCUACUGUUGUUAGACUGACUGCUAUCAAGGCACUUGUGGACUCGCUCGAGUUCAUUGGGAACAAUUUCCAGCGUGAGGGAGAACGCAACUACAUCAUGCAAGUUGUGUGUGAGGCUACUCAGGCCGAGGACACAGAACUCCAGGCCAGUGCUUUUGGUGCUCUUGCAAAGAUAAUGAGUUUGUACUACCAAUACAUGAGCGUCUACAUGGAGAAAGCUCUCUACGGUCUCACAGUCUCGGGGAUGCAGAGCCAGGACGAGAAGGUGGCCUGUAUGGCUGUCGAGUUUUGGUCCACUGUCUGCGAAGAAGAACUUGAGAUCGCUGCCCAAAAGGAAUAUGACCCUGCUUCUGCUGACGAACUGUCGUCUUACAAUUUUGCUCUUGUGGCAAUCCAGGAUGUUCUCCCCACUUUGCUGACUCUGUUAACUAGGCAAAAUGAGGAUCCCGAGGAUGAUGAUUGGUCAGUUGCAAUGGCUGCUGGUGCUUGUCUCCAGUUAUUUGCGCAGAACACCGAGAACUAUGUUGUUCAGCCUACUCUUCAGUUUGUUGAACAGAAUCUUUCUGAGUCUGACUGGAGGAAGCGUGAGGCAGCGGUGAUGGCUUUUGGCUCCAUAUUGGACGGCCCAGAUAGAACGCAGCUCAAGGGGUUGAUUGCCCAGGCUUUGGCCCCGAUUUUGAACCUGAUGAAGGACCCAACUCUUCAGGUCAAGGAGACCGUGGCGUGGUGUCUUGGGCGUAUCGCCGAUUUGGUGAUCGACGCGAUUGAUAUCAACGCGGCUUUGCCACAGGUAAUUGAGGCCAUUUUACAGGGGCUUCAAGACCACCCCAAGGUCUCUACAAACUGCUGUUGGACUCUCAUCAAUCUCGUAGAGCAGCUAUGUGGUCAGCAACCUGCUCCCGAAACCACUCCAAUGUCUCAGUACUACCAUUUACUGGUCCCAGCACUUGUGACCGUAUCUGGAAGAAGCGACAACGAGUAUUCAGCCAAAACAUCUGCGUACGAGGCGCUUUCGGCCAUGGUGCUACUUGCCCCAAACGAUGUGAUGCAAUUCGUGAACGAAGUUGCCUCAAUCGUGAUGGAGAGACUCGGGACUACCAUUGGACUGCAGCCACAGGCUACCACAAACGAGGAAAAAGCAACGUUGCAAGAAGAACAGGCCAAUAUCUUAAGUCUUUUGACAAAUAUCAUUAGAAGAGUGAGAGGCGAUGUUCUCGGAGCUUCAGACGAUCUGAUGGACAAAUUGCUGAGACUGGCUGCUUCUCAGGAACCAAAUUCUGUCAUCGAAGAGGAUAUCUUCAUCACAAUCAGUGCAAUAGCCUCUCAGAUCGACCAACACUUCGACAAGUACAUGCCAUCCUUUCUUCCAUUCCUCACCAAGGCUCUGGAAAACACGGAUUCUCCUGUUUGCGACGCUGCCAUUGGACUGAUUGUGGAUGUUUCCCAUUCUUUGGGAGAAGACAUCAACAAAUACUGUCAGGGUCUGAUGAGCAUUUUGGGAAAUAUAUUCUCAAAGACAAAUAUCAGACGUGAGCUCAGACCAUUGGUGCUUUCUGCAAUUGGUGACAUUGCUUCCUCUGUUGGUUCCAACUUCAUUCAAUACCUGGAGGCAGUGAUGGCCAUCUGUUCACAGGCACAGAGUAUACAACCAGAUGAUGGAUCGAUCGAAACGGAAGACUAUGUUUUGCAAGUCAAGGAAUCUGUUUUGGAUACCUAUGUCGGGAUAAUCUCCGGCUUGGGAGAGUAUCCUCAGGCUAUUCUUCCUUUCAUUUCCCAGAUCUUCACUUUCCUGAUGACGGUUUACUCUGAUCCUCAGAUGUCCAGUUCAGAUGGUGUUUGCAAAUCAGCUGUGGGACUGAUUGGUGACCUGGCUGCAAUGUAUCCAAAUGGUGAAAUAAAAGAGGUGUACGCUCAGGAAUGGGUCUCUGAUUUCAUCAAAAAGACCAAGAACCACCCAAUGUUCUCCCAGGCUACAAAGGAUACCGCAAGAUGGGCCAAAGAACAGCAAAGAAAGCAAUUAUCACUUUGA